AAUGGCACCCAAGAUGAAAAGGAUCAUAUGACAGUGGACACAUGUUUGGCCUAUUGUAGCAAACAAAAUUACAAAUACGCAGGGCUAGAGGUAGCAACUCAAUGUUUCUGUGGUAAUUAUUACGACGCUUUCACAGCCCUCAGUUCAGAGGACUGUGGUUCUAGCUGUGGAGGAAAUAAUUCUCAAAUUUGUGGAGGACCUUUGGCUUUGAGUAUUUAUGAAGUACCUCCUAAUCCUGUGUCGUCUAAUUCAUCGUCUUCACUAUCAACUGGAGCUAUUAUAGGCAUUUCCGUCGGUUCUGUAAUAUUCAUCUCUCUGAUUUUUAUACUUAUAUUUAAAAGAAAAUGGUUAAAAAGAAAGAUAGAAAAAUUUAGGCAGUUCAUUGAUAAUAUAAUAAAUAAUAGGCAAGAAGAAACAAAUCGGGAUUUGGUAGAACGAGAUCCACAAAAUCUGGCAGGGGAACCUCAAAAUCUGGUUUUGGGCAAAUAA